AUGGCAAAAAAAAGCGCUAAGCGGCGGCUGACUCAGCGGGUAGCUGACCUCACGGGAGCUCCAGGCGUCAAGCUCACCGCGCGGUCCUCCUCACUUGACCACUACUCCCCUUCGCCUUCUCUGAUCAUCUGCUUGCUUGUAAUUCUUCUUUUAUCUCUCAUACCGCAAACAUGGAGGUUCUUUUGGGCUGCAAUGAGAGGCCCGACAGUUCUGAAGGCUGAGGAUGAUAAGACACGACAGUUGAACAAGAACACAUUGAUGGCUUUCUCUGGCGAGUCUGGAGAUACCGUUCAAUUUGCCGAAUACAUCCAAGCCAACGCUGCACUCUACAGCAUGCGCAAUGAUACUGAGCUCAGUCCCUCCGCCGUUGCCAAUUUCGUCCGUGGAGAAUUGGCGCGCAGCUUGCGGUCACGGAGUCCCUACACAGUAAACCUGCUGCUAGGUGGUAUAGAUCCGGUCACUGAGAAGCCUCACCUGUACUGGAUUGAUUACCUAGCGUCGCUGGCGCCCCUACCAUAUGCUGCCCACGGCUAUGCCCAAUACUACUGCCUCUCCAUCCUUGACAAACAUCACCAUCCCGACUGCUCCCUCGAGGAGGGCCUUGCGCUCCUCACCCUGUGCACAGACGAGCUGAAGCGCCGACUACCCUUUGACUACAAGGGGAUGCUAGUGAAGGUCGUGACAAAGGAUGGCGUGCAAGAAGUCCCCGUGGAUAAUGAUAAGGUGGUCCGGAGUGCUUGA